CAAUUGGGUGGGCCCCAGAAACUGCGAAGGCAGGGCACCCCCCCAAAAUCAACCAACAGGCUGAGAUGACAGUCCAUGCAAAUGCUGGCACUUAGCUCCUUUUGGUAUAUCCUCAAGAAACAAACACUGAAAUCUGAGAGAGGGAGAGAGAGGGAGAGAGAGUCUCGGGCUAGAAAGGAAGGAGUGGAGCGAGGAUUUGGGCAAGAAAUCAGAGAGAGGGAGAGAGAUUCUAGUGGUUGCUUUAGAUUUGGCAUUUAAAGUUUGAAUGCUAAAAAAAUGGUUUCGUUAUAUUUAGCCAUAUGAUCUCUCUCUCUCUCUCUCUCUGACAGACAAACAAACACUGGGUGGCCUCAGAAAAAUCCGAAGAUCACAGAUACUCUCUCUCUCUCUCUGCAUAUAUUUUGCUUUCUAUAUAUACACACGCACAUACUCGCACGAUCUUUGCUGAAUUAUGGUUGCUGUUCUUCUUUCCGUGUAAGUUGCUGAUCUUGACUCCAUGACCUGCAAGAUUGUGUCGUGUGAUCUACAGAUACAGAUUUGGGUUCUCUUGAUUCAUCCCCUAAGAUUUUGCUUUUGAAGUUUCUACGACGCCCCCCCCAAAACCUCAGAUCUCGAUUCUUUUAGAUUUUGGGUAUGUCAAGAUUUGGUGGAUCAGUUUCUGUACAUGACCCAUUUGGGUUCCCUAUUUAAGGUUUCUCUGUACAUGACUGGGCUGAGACCAGGAAAGGAUGGCUCAGAGGUGUAGCAAUAGCAAUGGCGGUAUCGGGAAUCGAUCUUCAAGAAAGUUGAAGCAAAAGAGAGUCCCACAAAGAGGACUGGGUGUUGCUCAGCUUGAGAGGAUUAGGGAAGAGGAACAGCGGAAGAAAGAGGCUGCUGCUAUUUUGUCACCCAAUUCACUUACUUUGCCAAGCAAUUCUUCUUCGUGCUUUGCUGUUCAGUCCUCUCCCAGUUUCAGGCCUAACCCUUCAAUCCCCAAUUUGGAUGGUUUGUAUCCAAAUUCUUCCGUGUUAUUACCAAAGCCACCCAAUGACAGUAAUUGGCCCCAGUUGUGGAAUGGUGAGCACAAUCUCGAAGGAGAGAAUCACAGGUUGGAAUUGAAUCGCCAUGGAUGUGUAUUUAGUCCAAAUAUGAAUUUAGUUUAUGAAUCUAAUAGCCCCAUUUGGCCUCAACCUUCUUCUUCAUCAAUGGUGAAUGUCUCAUCAGGGACUUCAUCAUCAUCUGCGAUGAAUUAUCAUCAGAUGGAGCCCCCUUCAAACCAAAGUUUCUAUGGCAGCAACAACUACACACCCAUGUGGGCAGGUGCAGAGAAGAUUGUUGGCAUGAAGAGGCCAUGUCCCUUCUCUGUAGAGAAUCCACCAUGCCCCUCUUUCCCCUGCAAAUUUCCACCCGGCAUUGUUACUCCCAUCACCAGGUCAGCUGAAGCAGCUCCAUGUGAUGGAGCCAAAGCUGCCAUUGAAUCCCACAAACUAGUCUUCAGACAAGGUUCUUCAAGCUCGAAUCAUGUCAUUUCUGAGCUGAAUCCGAGAAAAGAUACUAGGGAAGACACGGAUUUGCGCGGAGAUUUGCUCACUCUGGCUCCUCCUACUGCAGCUCUUCCUCAUCCUAGUUCAAAACACAAGAACCGGUCGGUGUACCUUAGCCCACAUGGCCAAGGAUCAUCAGAGUUCCAAUCUUUACAGUUUCAAGGAAGAACUGAAGACCCUAUUCAGAAGACCUUUCAAACUUGGCAAGCAACAACCACAGCUACCAGCUGCAAUGGUGAAGAAGGGGAAAGCCUGGACCUAAAUCUGAAGUUGUAGAAGGUUUCAGCCCAACUCUUGUGGUAUUUUGGCAAGGCUCUGUUGCUGCUAAGGGAAGUAGAUAUGAAGAUACAUCAUGCCUUAUGCAAAAGUUGAGUAUGAAAGAGACCCUCCAAGCCAUGGCCAUGUGAGGGUGGUUAGUGAUAGAAGAUAAGAGAGGUGUAGACUUUUUCUUUUGGGAUAUCAUAAUGCUGUGCAUCGAAAGUUUGGUUAUGCCCCUGGGUUUUGGGAAUAGCUCUAAAUCCAGGCAUGAAUGAAGACUGUCCAAAGUCUCUCUCUUAUAUCCUCAUUUUUGAGUAAAAUAUGAAGCUUCUCCAAAAAUUAAAAAGCAU